GAGAGAGAGAGAGAGAGAGAGAGAGAGAGUGAGUCCACUCUCACCCUCUCUGGUUGUUGACCUCGUCAUCUUACCCGCCCCAAGUCUUCGUCGUCGUCACCAAAUCAGGCCUCGAAAUACUCCAAACUCCAAACUCAAGCAGGAUUUGAAUGGCUGAAAGUAAUAUGGAGAAUACUCUCAGGGAGAUACUGCAUGCUAUUGAACCCUCGCGCAUGGAUCGAGAAAUACGACGGCAAAUACUUCAGGAGUUACAAGGAGUUGUUGAGUCUGUAGAAACUUUGAGUGGUGCAACGGUGGAGCCAUUUGGAUCAUUUGUGUCAGAACUUUUUACUCGGUGGGGGGACUUGGAUGUUUCAGUUGAGUUUUCUAAAGGCUCAUACAUUUCUUCUUCUGGGAAGAAGCACAAAAAAGAAGUUCUAAGAGAUGUAAUGAAGGCCAUGAGAAGGAGAGGUUGGAACAUAUGUCGAUUCAUACCUAAUGCAAGAGUUCCCAUUCUGAUGGUCAAAAGUAACCAUCAGUCAAAUUCAAAAGACAUCUCCUGUGAUAUUUCAGUCAAUAACCUGAAAGCCCAAAUGAAAUCAAAACUGUUGUUAUGGAUCACGGAUAUUGAUCCACGCUUUCAUGAUAUGAUUUUACUGGUGAAGGAAUGGGCAAAAGCACACAACAUCAAUGAUUCAAAAACUGGGACUUUCAAUUCAUACUCUCUUAGUAUGCUUGUGGUCUUCCAUUUUCAGACAUGUGUACCUGCCGUUCUGCCCCCUCUUCAAGACAUAUAUCCAGGAACUCUCACAGAUGAUCUUCAAGGCUUGAGAGAUGAUGCAGAAAGACGUAUUGAAAAUAAUUGUGUUGAGAACAUAAGAAAAUAUAAAACAAGUAGAUUGAGAGCUCGGAAUGAAAGUUCUUUGUCUGAGCUUUUCAUUUCAUUCCUUGGGAAGUUCGUUGACCUUAGUUCGAAGGCUUCGGAGUUGGGAAUUUGCACAUAUUCUGGAAAAUGGGAAGCCAUAGAAAGCAAUAUGGGACGGUUGCCCAAAACGUAUUGUAUAUUGGUUGAAGAUCCUUUUGAUCGGCCAGAAAAUUCAGCAAGAGGUGUCAGCGCAAGAGCAUUGAAUAGGAUCUCUGAAGUUUUUGAGAUGAGUCGCAGCAGGCUAAUUGCAGCUUGUUAUAGUUCCUCCCUAGCCAUUGAUAGUUCCCUUCUUCACACACUAGUCCGACCAGGAACAGUACACCUUAUUAUUGGGAACCGAGAUUACAAUAUUGAGCAGCACCAACCAACUGAUCCACAUCAUUUCAUCUCUGAGAGCUCACAUUCACGAACCACAAGACAUUAUAACGGUCCCCCGAAACCAUUUGAUCCUUUUAUACGAGAGAUGGUACCCCGAAAGAACCAUACCGGCACUCGGGUUCCAACUGGGUAUGUACGAGAGUUGGUAGACUCAUCCCCACAAGUACACCAACAAUUAAGAAAGCUAGUGCACUCAUCCUCACAAGUAAGACCACAUAUACAAAAGCUGGUGAACUCAUCAUCACAAAUAUUACCGCGUGUACAAAAGUCUGUGCACUCAACCUCUCAAGUACAAUCACCACUUCAGAUAACGAAGCCAGAGAAGGCACCAAUGGUAGACUCAUCCCCACAAGUACACCAACAACUACGAAAGCCAGUGCAAUCAUCCUCACAAGUAAGACCACAGAUGCAAGAGCCGGUGAACUCAUCAUCACAAAUAUUACCGCAUGUACGAAAGUCUGUGCACUCAACCUCUCAAGUACAAUCACCACUUCAGAAAACGAAGCCAGGGAAGGCACCAAUGGUACAGGUGCAUCAGGAAUGGAGACCAAAGAAACCAGGAAUGCAGUUAUGAUGUGAUUUUUGGUGUUGAAACAACUUUGACGGCCGGUUUUGAUAAGGUUAAAUUGUAGAGAAUCUCACCAGUUUGCCAUGUGUAUGGCAAUUGUUUUUCAGGAGCAAGGGGUUUUGUUAAAAUGAUAUCAAUCAUUCUCCUGCAGUGAUGAAGCUUUCCAUUAAAGAAUUUCUGAUAUUUGUAUGUCAGGAGAACAUUUUUUCUGAACUACCUAAAUAGAGUCGAUAGUUUUCAUAUUCAGAGAGA